GGUCGUCAGUGUAAAAAAUAAAAUACAAAAACAAAAUUACCUGCUUGACAUGUCAACAGUUAGUCAGUAGCUGUCAUUACAUUAGGCACUUGGUGAUAGUGACUGAUACUUUAGUUGGCACACUUAACUUAGAUUCACGACUUUACAUUUUGAGCACCUUAUAGAGUGCCUACAGACGUGGGUACCUAGAUGAGUCAAGCUGCCCGGUCACGCCGGCAAGCGACUGAAAUGACCACAGAGAAUCAAGACAAGAUGGCGGAUCAGGACAAAGCGCUCCUGAAGGUACCGAACGGGGUCAACGGAAGCAUUCGAGUGGACAAAAACGCCAACGGGCUGGACGUGAAGGUCCAGCCCAAGAGAGAGGACAACCCCUACGGCAUCCCGAUUGACAGAGGAUGGGCUUGGGUCAUCGUUGUAGCUUGCUUCGGGAUGCACGUACUUGUGGUUGGAGGCAUCAAGUCUUUUGGCGUUCUUUUCGUAGAGCUCCAGGAGAAGUACCAUGUACAGGCCAAGGAGCUUGGCAUCAUACAAGGCAUGGCUUUCACCUUAAUGAUGGCUCUAGGUCUUCCGGCUAACAUGUUGGCACAGAGGUUCAACAGUCGUAAGGUGGUCUUCAUGGGAGGGCUGCUGACGGCCCUGGGCUUCAUCCUGACCGCGUACAUGCCCCACUUCUCUUUGUUGUACAUUACGUACGGAGUGAUUACAGGUUUUGGGUUUGGCUUCUCCUACAGCCCCUGUGUGGUCAUGGUUGGUCAUCACUUCAGAGAAAGAAGAAGUCUGGCCAACGGACUGUCCGUCUCAGGAUCCGGAGUCGGGUCUUUCGUGCUUCCGAACAUCAUGAGCCUGCUGCUAGACCAGUUCGGCCUCAGCGGCUGCCUCCUCGUCCUUGGCGGCAUCAUGUUAAACGUAUCAAUGUUCUCUUUGCUUAUCCGCCCUCUCACCAGCUACAGCAAAACCGGAAGUAAGUUUCUCCAUGACGACGUCAGUAACAAGCUCCGGGCUAAAGCCGUCAUGAAAUGUGAGAACACCCCGGACGCCAAGGAGCUUCUGAAGCUGGUUGGCGGCGAGCAGGACAAAAAGGAGAACGACGCGGUUCUCAAACAUUUAGACACUGACGUCUCGCAAAACUUAUCUGACAUGCAGGUGAUUGAGAUUGAAGAGAUCGGCUCUCACAAUCUGACCCCGGCCAGGUACGCCAGCCACGGGGAUCUUUUUAUGGCUUCUCUGCAAAACAUCCCCAACGAGGACGUGGAAGAGAUGAACCGGCGUUGCGGGUGCUGCAGUGCGAGAACCACUGCCCAGGAAGCCAAAAAGAAAGGCCCCAGACAAAAACUGUUUAACUGGUCUCUCUUGAAGAAUCCAGUGUUUCUGAUGUAUGCAGUGUCUUGCAGUCUGGCCAACUUUGGCUACCCGAACAUCUUUUUCAUGUUGCCAGCUUUCGCCGAGCAAAAUGGACAAAGUCGCAGCAGUUCGGCCUUGCUGGUGUCCAUUAUAGGAAUCACUGACCUCCUGGGUCGCCUCUUUCUGGGCUGGUUCUCAGACUUGAAGCUUAUGCCUAAACGUUACGGGUUUAUGGGAUGCAUUGGCAUUAGCGCCAUACUGAAUCUGGUAGUUCCGGUAAUGACGUCAUUUGAGGCUAUGGCGGCGUAUGCUGCGCUCUAUGGGUUCUUCGGAGGGGCUUUUUGGGCUUUGAUUGCAGUGCUCUUGGCUGAAUCCUUAGGUGUUGAAAAGUUAAGCAGUUCCUACGGUCUUGUGACAAUAUUCAUGUCCACUAGCCUGCUUCCUGGACCAGCCAUCUGUGGAGCCAUCAGAGAUGCGACCGAGUCCUGGAACUAUUCAUUCAUCUUCUGUGGAGUCAUGGCCCUCAUCGGCUCCAUCAUACCCAUCGUGGAGCCAGUGGCCCAGAGAUACAACAAAGCCAACCUGGCUGGAAAAGUCCCAUCAUAAGAACGCGAAAUGAACAUGCUAUGAGCCUUGUGUCUCCUUUUUUUGGGAAUAUUUGCCAACUCCGAGUUAUGAAUUCAAUUUAAAAGCAGCGCUUCCUGUUGAUAGUAAACAGCAGAAUGUUUGUUGUUUUCUUUACACAAGAGUUCCCGUGGAACGUGGGAGAUCUUGUAACUGGCUAAAGGAAGAUGAACACCUCAACCCUUCCUCCUCUCUCCUUCUCUCUCUCCUUCUCUUUCUCCUUCUC